AUGUCGCUAUCAAAAAGCGGUGGAGAUGCACAAUUACUCGUUCUUGAUAUUUGUGAGAAGGUGAUCACUCUUGAAAUCUCACCGCAAGAUGCUUUCGCUAAGCUUGAAGAGUUGAAGACAACUUUUCCGCUAUUACCGUCUCUUCUUCUCGAUGUUCUGGUAUCCGUCGAAGGUGAUGCACAAAAUAGCGAGAUCAAAGAUAAAGCUGUACCAAAGUUUGCUGAAUUCGUUGGUCUGGUGGCAGAUAAGAUUGUUCCUGCAGACAUCCUGAAGAUUGAACUGGAUGUGUUAGAGGCAUCUCUGCCAACAAAUAAGCAACAACUUGUGCGGUUGAAAACAAGGCUUUACUACAAACAAGCCAAGUUCAACUUACUACGUGAAGAAAGCGAAGGAUAUGCGAAGCUAAUAACUGAGCUGAUGGAUGGCGGAGGAGGUAUACCAGCCAAGACCAUGAUGACAAGAGUGCUGUGUUUGAUUGGUGAGUAUACUGGUGUAAAACUUCAUUCGUUGUGCUGA